UUCCAAAAAGGCUAGCACCACUGUGUGGCUGCGGCUUUAAUCCAUCACCACUACAGUCAGCCUAAAGGCAUCUUAUUACACGGGAGAUGCCAAAGUUCAUUGCUUGCGGAGAUGCUAUAUAAACGGAGAGGGUGCCUGCUUGGUUGACUGUCCACAUUUCUGCAGUUUCCGUACAAAAUAGGUGGGAGUUGCAGCUUCGCCAGCUGAGCACCUACACGGGAGCCCAUGCAAGCCGAUGAUUCAACGCAAGCACAAGCUAGAAAUAUAAGUUUCUCAGAGGCAGAGGAAUUGAAUUGUAAAGUCUGCUCACGGUAGACACACUACAUGGUUUGCACAGCUUAAGAUAAAUCACGUCAAACAGCAACUGAAGCUUUCGCCUUUAUCACUGGGUUUACUAUUGGGCAAUAGACAGAUUGUGGACACCAGGAAGACUGUAAACCACCAAAAAUGGGGCUUCGGUGGCACGUUUUAGCUUGCUUUGUGACCACUGUUUUGGUGGAACAAACCCAUGGGGGGGUUCUUAAGAAGAUUAUUCGGCAGAAGAGAGAUAUCUCACAGCUAAAAGAAGAGAAUGUCACAUUUCCACUUGGAACGCAGCCCAUCAACUUCAACCACGUCUACAACAUCAACGUCCCCCUGAGCUCCCUGUGUUCGGUCGACCUGGAGUCUCCCGAUGGCAUCGCCAGGCCCAGCGAGGGUCCCAGCGACCAACACAUAGAGCACACGGCCGACGGCGAGAAUCAGAUCGUCUUCACCCACCGCAUCAACAUUCCGCGCCAAGCCUGUGGCUGUUCGGCAGGGCCCGAUAUCCAUGACCUGCUCAACCGGCUGGAGGCACUGGAAGGCCACGUGUCACUGCUGCGGGAACAGUGUGCCAGCGGGGGAUGCUGCGGAAAUGGAGCUCAGCAAGGAAAGGGUCGUGUUGAUGUGAAACCUUUCUGUGGAUCAAAUGGAAACUCUAGCACUGGCACCUGUGGCUGCCUGUGUAAGCCAGGGUGGAAAGGGGAAAAUUGCACAGAACCCGACUGCCCAGCAAACUGCAAUGACAGAGGCCAGUGUGUUGACGGCAGGUGUGUGUGUGAAGCCGGCUACACAGGCGACGACUGUGGCUUUGAGGACCUGUGCCUUAACGACUGCAGCGACCAAGGCCGGUGCAUAAACGGUGUGUGUCAUUGCUUUGAGGGUUACACAGGAGAAGACUGUAGCCACGAGGUGUGCAGAGUUGACUGUGGGGAACAUGGCAUUUGCCAGAAAGGAGUUUGUGUGUGUGAUGAAGGCUACGCGGGCGAGGACUGCACGGCCAAGCUUUGCCCCAACAACUGCAGUGGCCAAGGCACCUGUGUCGAUGGGAAGUGCGUCUGCGAUGAAGGCCUGAUUGGGGAAGACUGCAAGGAUCUGGCCUGUCUCAACCACUGCUUUGACCGCGGUCAAUGUGUGGACGGGGAGUGCAUCUGCGACGAAGGGUUCGCCGACUUUGACUGUUCCGAAAUCAUUUGCCCCAAAGACUGCUACGACCGCGGACGGUGCAUCCAGGGCGUGUGCUACUGUGACGAUGGCUUCUCUGGUGAAGACUGUGGGGGGGUCACCUGCCUGAACAACUGCAGCAACAAUGGUGUUUGCAUCAACGGCCAGUGCGUGUGCAAUGAAGGCUACACGGGUGGGGACUGCAACGAGUGGUCCUGCCCUAACAACUGCAAUGGUCGCGGCGCCUGUGUGGACGGGGAGUGCGUGUGCAAGGAAGGUUUCACCGGGGAAGAUUGCGGGGAACUGGCGUGUCCGAACCACUGCAACAGCCGCGGCCACUGCGUCGGCGGCCUCUGCGUCUGCAGCGAAGGCUUCACCGGGGAAGAUUGUGGGCAACUGGCCUGUCCCGGAGACUGCAACCGCCGCGGCCUCUGCAUCGACGGACAGUGCGCCUGUGAUCACGGCUUCACGGGCGACGAUUGCAGCGAGCUCUCUUGCCCCAACCACUGCAAGGGCCGCGGCCGCUGUGUGAGCGGCCAGUGCGUGUGCGAGGAAGGCUACACCGGGGAGGACUGCGGCCAGCUCGCUUGCCCCAACCACUGCUACGACCGCGGCCAGUGUGUCAACGGGCAGUGCGAGUGCGAGGAAGGAUUCUCCGGGGAAGACUGCGGGCAACUGGCCUGCCCCAACCACUGCAACAACCGCGGCCUCUGUGUCAACGGGCAGUGCGUGUGUGACCACGGCUUCAUCGGCGAGGACUGUAGCGAGCUGUCCUGCCCAAACAGCUGCAACAACCACGGCCAAUGUGUCAAUGGUCGCUGCGUCUGCGAUGCCGAUUACAGGGGAGUGGACUGCGGUGAACUGGCCUGUCCCAAUAACUGCAAUGACCGAGGCCACUGUGUUGAUGGCCAGUGCAUCUGCAACGAAGGCUACAUCAAUGAAGACUGCUCAGCUGUUUCACCUCCCAAAAACCUGAAGGUAACCGAAGUGGGUCCUCAAACAGUGGACCUGGAGUGGCAGAACGAGGUUAGAGUCAAUGAGUACCUCAUCACCUAUGCCCCCACAUCUCCCGGGGGUCUGCAGCUGGAAAUGCGAGUGCCCGGUGAACGGCUGUCGUCCACCAUCAAGGAGCUGGAACCAGGGAUUGAAUAUGUAAUCAACGUUUAUGCUAUCCUGAACAACGAGAGAAGCAUCCCUGUCAGUGCCAGGGUAGCAACAUAUCUGCCCACACCAGAUGGUUUGAGGUUCAAGUCUAUCCGUGAGACCUCCGUCGAGGUGGAGUGGGAUCCUGUUGUCAUUACCUUCGAUGGCUGGGACAUCAUUUUCAAACCCCCUAAAGAAGACAAUGACCAGAUUUUGAACAGCCUGAAGCAGCCACAACUCUCAUUUGUGCAAACCGGCCUGGCUCCAGGAGAGGAAUAUGAGGUCAACCUCCAUAUCGUGAAGAACGGUACCCGUGGGCCGGCAGCAAAACAGAAACUGACAACAAUGAUUGAUGCGCCAAGCCAAGUGGACGUGAACAAGGUCACCGAUACCACUGCCCACAUCACCUGGCUCAACCCAGCUGCACAGAUUGAGGGCAUCAGCCUGUUCUACGGGACUCCAGGCAGCGAGAAGGCAGCCGUCAACCUUCCUGACACCGAGACCACCUACUCCAUCGCCGAGCUGCACCCUGACACUGAGUAUGAAGUGUCGCUGGUUUCCAGGCGUGGACCUAUGAGAAGUGUUCCUGCUGGCAGUACCUUCACAACAGACCUUGAUGCUCCGAAACAUCUCCGAAACAUAUCUCAGACAGAGGACAGCAUCACCCUGGAGUGGGAGAACACCAAAGCUGCUGCCAGAGAAUACAAGGUGAAGUUUUCACCCCUGGCAGGAGGUGUGCACAUGGAAACCACUGUCCAGAGAAGUACCGAACCAACCACCAUGGUUAAGAUUUUUGAUCUGCUGCCAGGUACAGAAUAUGGUUUUGGAGUUAGUGCCAUUAAAGACAACAGAGAGAGUGCCCCCUCUACCAUUAAUGUGGCGACAGAUCUGGACAGUCCAAAAGACCUGAGAGUGACCCAUAAAACAGAGGACACAAUCACGGUGGAGUGGAAACGGCCACUGGCAGCGAUUGACCGGUAUUUCAUCAUCUACGUCACGGGAAGCGGUGCGAUGAACGAGGUGGUAGUGCCCGCUGAUGCCGUGUCCUACAUCCUGACCGGACUCAAACCUGCGGCUGAGUACAACAUCAUUCUGAUAGCACUGCGAGGUAACCUGAAGAGCAUUGGCUCCACCACCAGCGCCUCCACAGGCCCUCGGCUGCUGCAAGGUCUUAGAUUUUCUGAGGUAACUCCCACAAGUAUCUCGGUGGCUUGGGAAGCUCCCUUAGCUCCCGUUGACAUGUUUGUUGUGAAUUAUAACCCUAAAACACAUGGAGAAACACAGCAGGUCAUUGUGAAAGGAGACCAGAAUGCAGUCGCCCUCACUGAUCUGAAGCCUGGCACUGAGUAUGUGGUGACGCUUAUGGCUCUUCAAGGCACAGCAAGAACUGAGCCCUUGGUCGGAUCAGUUACUACAGCGAUAUCCACAGAGGAGGCUGUCACACCUCAGCCGUACGGAAGGACCACCGUCCCUGUCUCCAUGAUAAUAGAAGCUUCUGUGCCAGAGUUUUCUGGGAGUGGCGAUGGUCAAGUGACUAACCUAACUGUUUCUAAAGUGACCUCGGAUGCUAUCGAGCUUUCCUGGAUGGCAGAAAGAGGAUCCUAUGACUAUUUUAUCAUAAAGUAUAGGAGUGAGCUUGGAGCCGAGGAUGAGACAGAGUUCUCCCUGCCUGGUGAUGUGUUAACUUCUGAACUGAAAGGUCUCUCGCCUUCCACUCCUUAUAAAAUAACUCUCUCCGGGAUAUCUGGUGGUCAUCUCUCAGAGCCGCUGAGUAUUAUAGCUGCCACAGCUGACUUAUUCAACGCACUCGGUGACCAAAUAAAUCAUACAACAGCCCACACUUCUCGGCUACACAAAGAUGGAGGUUUUAACCUCGGGCCCACAGUUGAUUCAGAGAAAGGGGUGUUGCAUAGUAGACUGGGAAACCUUACGGUGAUAAACACUACCUCCGAAAGUGUUAAGCUUUCCUGGACUUUGCAAAAUGGAUCUUUUGAUGCCUUUCUGAUAGUGGCCACAGAUUACACUGGGUUGUAUGGACCAUUGGAAAUGUCCCUUAAUGGUGACAUUCGUAGCACGGAGGUAACUGGUCUCUUGGAUAGCACACUGUAUAAGGUAUAUUUAUACGGAUUUGUGGGCCAUUGGCGUUCAGAUUCUUUGAACACAGAAGCCACGACAGAAUCCCUUGACAACAGCACUGCUCACUCUCCAAGCACAGAAAUCGCUAAACCAGAGAAUUUUGCAGUAACAAAUGUGACUUCCACCAGCUUCCAGCUAUCAUGGGCAGCCCAGAGCGGAGCUUUUGAUAGUUUUCUUUUAACAAUAAAGGAUGUAAACGGAGUGGGCAGGCCUUUGAGGAUUUCCCACCAGGCUGAUCAACAUACAGCUGAUGUAACAGGGCUGGUACCUGAUACUGAUUACAAGAUUGAUCUGUACGGAAUUGUUCAAGGCCAGCUUUCAAAGCCACUGACAGAGAUUACAAGAACAGAAUCUGAACUUGACAACUUAGCAGUAUCAGACGUUACCUCAGGCAGCUUCAGACUUUCGUGGACAGCAGAGGGACGUUUUGAAAACUUUGUUAUAGAAGUUACGGACUCUGAUGGUUUAUUCAAACCACUAACAUUCACACUGCCAGGUGACCAGCAUUCCAUGGACAUCCCAGAUCUGCCUGCUGCUACUGACUAUGAGAUUUCCAUCUAUGGGAUAAUCCAUGGUCAACCAACAAAGCCACUGCACACGGAAGCUCACACAGCAACGCAACCCGAAAUUAGCAACCUAAUGAUUUCCAAUCUUACCUCAGAUGGUUUCACAGUCUCUUGGACAGCAAAGGGCACAUUUGAAAGCUUUGUAGUAGACAUCACAGAUCCUAACAGGAUCUUUGAAACCUCGGAGCAUUCUGUCUCAGGGACUCUUCGCUCUAUUGACAUCUCAAACCUCUCAGCCAACACUGAUUAUGUCAUUUACCUCACUGGCCUUUAUCAAGGACAGCAUUUGCAAACGUUUAGUGCAUUUGCUACAACAGAAGCAGAACCUGAAGUCAGCAACCUAGUGGUUUCAGACAUUACCUCAAACAGCUUCAGCCUCUCCUGGACGGGAAACGAUGAGGCAUUUGAAAGCUUUGUCGUAGAACUGAUAGAUUCUGACCGGUUCUCAGAGCCACUGGAGUACACGGUACCAGGCACUGUGCGAUCCACUGACUUCAACAAUCUCAUAUCUGGCACCAACUAUGUGAUUUAUUUAUAUGGUGUUGCCAAUGGGCGACGUACAAACCCGGUGACGACUGUUGCAUUGACAGAAGAAGAACCAGAACUGAGCAACUUAGUUGUUUCAGAUAUUACCUCAGAAGGCUUCACAUUUUCUUGGACAGCAGAAGAUGGGGCAUUUGAAUAUUUUAUCAUAGACAUUAGAGAUUCUGAAAGCUCGCUUGACCCAAUACAGCAAGUUUUAUCAGGGAAAACACGGACUACUGACGUCUCAGGGUUAAUAGAAGGCUCUGGAUACCAAAUUAAUGUCACUGGUGUAACGCAAGGCUGGCACACGCAACCUCUUACUGCUGCCACUGCUACAGAGGAAAAACCAAAAAUGGAAAACCUAGUGGUUUCAAACGUUAACUCUUAUGGAUUCAAAAUCACUUGGAAUGCCACGGACGGGUCUUAUGACGGUUUUAAUAUAAUGGUUAGAGAUUCUGGGAGGUUGUUGGAACCAGUGGAGCACAGAGUGUCAGGCGAUCAUCGUUCCAUUAACAUCACAGGCCUGAUCACCGGAAUUGGUUAUGAUAUUAAUGUCUAUGGUGUAGCAAGGGGGAAGAACUCUAAACCUCUCUUUGCUCAGACUACUACAGAGGCAGAACCUGAAGUGGAUCACCUGACCACGUCUGAAGUUACCUCAAAUGGCUUCAAACUUUCUUGGACCACAGAUGACAAUCCCUUUGAUUACUUUAAUGUUAGAGUUAGGGAUUCCAAGAAGGAACUUCCUCCUCUGGACUACACCCUGUCAGGUGAUCUACGAACCACUGAUAUCCAAGGUCUGCAAGAUGGCACUGAGUAUGAAAUUUCCUUAGUUGGUGUCACAGAAGGACGACAAUCGCAGCCAAUAAAUACCAUUGCAAUUACAGGGGUGGGAGCUCCUAGAGGUCUGGAGUUCCUCGACAUCACUGACACCACGGUGUCCGUAAGGUGGGAUCCUCCCAGAGUGUACGUGACCAGUUUCAAGAUCAUGUAUGAACCUACUGAUGGAGGUGCAAGCACCACUGUGACGGUGGAUGGCAGCAAAUCUCAAACCUCACUGCGAAACCUGAUCCCAGCGACUCAGUACGAGAUCAAAGUCCUUUCCAUUAAAGACUUUGAGGAGAGUGAACCAACUUCGGGCAUGGUGACAACCGCCUUGGACGGUCCGUCCGAACUGAGAGUUGUGAAUGAGACGGAUUCUAAAGCCCUGCUGGCGUGGAAGCCCAGUGUGGCAGCCGUGGAUGAAUACGUCAUCACCUACAGUGCUCGUGACGGGUCACCAGUAACCAAAAGGGUUUCAGGAAAUCUGUUACGGUCGGAACUCAGCAGACUUUUACCUGGGACCCGCUACAGGGUGUUGCUCUAUGCUGUGAAAGGCUCUCUCAAAAGUGCCGUCUCCGACACCACUUUCUCCACCGCCAUUGAUUCACCCAGAGAUUUAAGAGUGAGCGAUGUUACAAUGAACGAUGCCCUCGUUUCAUGGAAGCCUCCCCAAGCUCAGAUCAGCGGCUACAUUCUGACGAUCGAGACUGAAGAUGGCAAAGUAGAAAAGCUUGAGUAUUUUGGAGCUGCAGAGAGCUCGUACACCCUGCUGGAGUUGGACCCAUCGAUGAAUUACAGAGUGAUGCUCCAAGCCUACACCGGCUCAGAACACAGCAGCAUCAUCGAGACCACCUUCAGAACAGUUGGCUUCCUGUACCCCUUUCCCAAGGAUUGCUCCCAGACCUUGCUGAAUGGCGAGACCAGUUCUGGAGUCCAAACCAUUUUCCUGAAUGGAAAUCGGUCUCAGCCGCUUCAAGUGUACUGCGAUAUGAACACAGAUGGGGGCGGAUGGAUGGUGUUCCAGAGACGGGAGAGUGGCCAGGUGAAUUUCUUCAGGAACUGGAAGAACUACACUGCUGGAUUUGGAAAUCCUUCGGGCGAGUUGUGGUUGGGCCUGGAGAACCUUCACAAGAUUACCUCCGAGGGGCGCUAUCAACUCCGCGUCGACCUCCAGGAUGAAGGGGACGCAGCCUAUGCAGUCUACGACAAAUUCUUUAUUUCGGACGCAAAAAGCCGCUACAAAUUGCACAUUGGAGCAUACAGCGGGACAGCAGGUGAUUCUCUAACCUACCACCAGGGCCGGCCAUUCUCCACAAGGGACAGAGACAAUGAUGUAGCCGUGACCAACUGUGCUCUGUCUUACAAGGGAGCCUGGUGGUACAAGAACUGCCACCGGGUCAAUCUGAAUGGGAGAUAUGGAGUUCAAAAUCACAGCCAGGGCAUCAACUGGUACCAUUGGAAGGGCCAUGAGCAUUCGAUUGCUUUUGUUGAAAUGAAGUUGAGACCACACACCUUCAGAGGCCUUCAGAGAAAGAAGAGAGCACAGCAACAGCACUAAGUCACCAAAUCAGCUGCAAACAAUAAAGGUUCAUAAUGUACAGCAACAUCAAUAAUUUGGCUCGCAUUCGAGUUAUUGGGUUACAUGAGCCUCGCUAGGAAAGCUCUCUCAUCUUACAUGGGUUUAGCUCCACUCAAUUUAAACACCAAAGAUAAUUUUGACAAUAAAUAACAUAGGUUGCUAUUGCUUUUAGGCUCAUAGCUUUAUAUCCGUUGCUCAAAGGGCAGGGGUGGGCCUUGUAUGACCAUCGUUACGCCUGCACAGACAUCAGAGUGUAUUGCCCAUGUUUCGUUCACCAUAUUGGAAAUGGUUUGCCAUGGCAACAGACCGGCCAGUUGUUCUUUAAGGUUUCAUGUACAGAGGUUUCAUGUUUAACUAUCAACUGUAUAAGCUGAACGUCUAGAUGUGGGGGGGUGGGGGGGGGGCGGAGAUUUACCUUUGAAAACACAGAGCUCCAUAUUUGUGGUCUUUUGCCGAAAGGGAGGUGUAUUUCGAGAAAGCAUCAAUUGUUUCUUGCCAUUGAUUAGCAAUUUCAGGGUGCUGUAUUUUAAAAAUCUACCAGAUGCUAAUUCUGUUUAGGAUAGAACAUCAACAAUGUAAAUACAAAAACACGAGGAGUCCUUACCAAGUUUACUAUUGGAAAUUUCACGUCCCCUUGAAUAGUGAAUCACACAAACACGUACUGAAUGCAAUUUCUAUGGGUCAUUUUCCCCUCAAAGAAAAGAAUUUCUGAUCGUUUAAAUAGUCCCCAAUACAUCUUCCAUUUAUUUAACUAGCCGGGCUAACGUCCCAAAAUAAAGGGAACAAAUGUACUUUUCAGGAAUUCUAUUAUCAAAGUAAAUGUAAAAUGUAAUGUUUUUUUGUGCUUCAAGUAUCUACAGUCAAAAUACAAAAUCAUUUCUUAUCCUUCUGAUUAUAUAAAGUCCUAACUGUGGAAAGAUAUAAUUGCUGAACCCAAGUUAUACAGUACCACUAGGACCAUGAUAUACAUUUGUAAAAUAAUGACUGUUUUUCACAGGAAUAAUUUCAAUGUAUGUUUUUGUGUACCCCUAAUUAAAAUAAAGUAAUGGUGUUUUAAUGAAUAA